CAAAGAGAAAGAGACGUUCAAGCAGGUCCAAAGUCAAAAUUGCGAUUCCAGUUCUCCGCGGCAACGACGUCGUUUUGCCUAAUUGUGUCGCCACCACUGCAGGAUCGGCUGCUGACCAUACAAAUGACAUUGCUGGAGCUGCGGCUGGCACGGCAUCGCCAGUCUGUGCCGCCGCCUCAGCAGCAGCGCUCAACACGCAGCGCUUCGGGCUCAGUGCGGACAGGGCAGGGAGGGCGGCGGUCCGGGCGCAGCGCUCCUGAUGCGGCUGUGACGCCUGGCGCCCGGUCCACGGCUCGCAUCACUCGUGCCGCGGCCGCUGCAGCCACAGCCGCAGCAGGCGCACCAUCAGGCGAAACUGCGGACGCAGCAGCCAGAGAUGCCCCGCCCGCGGCUGUGCCCGCCGCCGCUUUCACGCUCGGGGCGAGUGAACCCCAGCUACCAGUGGUGAAGCGGGGGCCGGGGCGGCCACGGAAGUUGCCGUUGCCUGCGCCCACUCCCGCUCACACGGCCGCGCCUGCUGGUGGGCUACAAGGCCAUCCACAAGCCCCAACAGCUGUAGAGGCAGCCACCGCCGCAGCCGCAGCGUCAGCUGCGCCUGCAGCUGCGGGUGCACCGCUGCCACCUGUGGUGAAGCGGGGUCCCGGACGGCCACGGAAACUGCCGUUGCCCGCGGCCGCGCCUGAGCCUGCUGGUGGGGCGUACGGUCUUCCGCAAGCCAAAGCAGCCACAAAUGCAGCAGCCGUUGCUGCCGCCGCUGCAGCGCCAGCUGCGCCUGCAGCCAAGAGCGCACUGCCGCCACCGGUGGAAAAGCGAGGGCCGGGACGGCCGCGGAAGCUGCCGCUGCCCACGACUGGACCAGGUCCCGCGCCCGCUGGUGCGGUGCAAGGCGUUUCAAACUAUAUAGCAGCCAUAGAUGUAGCAGCAGCUGCUGCAGCCGCCGCCGCGCCAGCUGCGCCUGAAGCCAAGAGCGCACUGCCGCCACCGGUGGAAAAGCGAGGGCCCGGACAGCCGCGGAAACUGCCGCUGCCCGCGGCUGGACCAGGUCCCGCGCCCGCGGGUGAAGUUCCAGGGCCGUUGCAAGCCCCACCAGCCGUAGACACAUUAGCCACGGCUGCAGCCGCCACUAUAGCUGCGCCUGCGGCUGAGAGCGCACCGCCGCCGCCGGUUGAGAAACGGGGGCCAGGGCGGCCGCGGAAACUGCCUCUGUCUGCGCCUGUGCCCGCGGCUGGGGUGCAAGGGCUUGCACAAGCCCCAGCAGCUGAAGAAGCAGCGGCAGCCACUGCAGCCGCCACUACAGCGGCGCCUGCGGCUGAGAGCGCACCGCCGCCGCCGAUUGGGAAACGGGGGCCAGGGCGGCCUCGGAAGCUGCCGCUGCCUGCACCUGCGCCGGCGGCUGGGGUGCAAGGUAUUGCGCAUGUCCCAGCAGCUGCAGCGGCAGCCACUGCAGCUGCCAGGUCCGCUGCACCUGUAGCUGAUAGCGCACCGCCCCGGCCAGUUGAAAAGCGGGGGCCGGGACGGCCGCGGAAGCUGCCGCUGACUGCGCCUGCGCCUGCGGGUAUCGAGCAAGGUGCCGCGCCUGCUGGCCCAGCUGCGUCUUUAUCCCGCGCUGCUAUUGCAGCUGCAGCUGCAGCCGCCGCGGCCGCCGCGCCUCCAACCGCGGUGGCUGUUCCUGCCCUUGCUGCUGGGGGCAGCGGUGCCUUCAGGCCGAUAACGGCGGCGCUGCACCCGGCGCCUCUGAAGCGGCCGCGUGGCCGGCCGCCCAAGGCGAGAGACGCCCCGCCAGCCGCUGUCGCUGUUGUGUCUGAAGGGCUAGAUUCCGCCGGGCCCGGAUCCGCAACCAAAGGGCCCAGUGGUGCAGUGACAGCAGCAGCAGCAGCAGCAGCAGCUGAAGCAGACAACGCGGCCGCCGCAGCCGCGCCUGCGAAACGGCGAGGCCGGCCGCCUGGUGCCUCGUCAGGUGCUGUUGCCGCGGAACGCGAGGAGCGCGGAGCUGGUGACGCACUCGCACAGCCCCCGCAGCCAGCACCGGCGAAAGCGGCGGGACCGCAGGGGCAAGUGGCUGCCGCUGCUGAGGGGCUGCAAGGUGGUCAGGUGGCGGGGUCUCAGGCGGUCGUCGAGGACAGCGCGGGCUUGAAGUCGGGUCAGCCGGGGUCGCGGGCCCGCCGGAGAGAGGGCGGCAACGUGGCGGAGGUGGCGGCGGCGGAGGCGGCGGCUUCAUUGGCAGCUGGAGGGCAGCAGGAUGUCGCGGAGGCGGGCGGUGCCGUUGCGCGGUGGGGUAAGCCGCCGCGUCGGCAGCAGCAGCAGCGGCAGGAUAGGCAAGCACCGGCAAGUCAGACGCAGGCACCCGUGCGAGAGCAGGAAGAGGCCGUGCAGAAGCACGAGCGCGUUGCAGGUGAGCCGCAGGAGGAGCAGCAGGAGGAGCAGCAGGAGGAGGAGCAGCAGGAGGAGCAGCAGGAGCGGGCGGGCGCAAGCAAGACAAGGCGGAAGCAGCAGCCUGCAGCAGCAGCACAGGCGGCUUCGCAACCGGGGCGGCGGGGACGGAAAGGGGCAGCGCUGGACGAGCUGGCCGCGCUGCCGACAACCUCAGCGGGUGAGGCUGCCGCGCGGCCAUCGCACCGACGGUCGCAGCAAUCUGGGCGACAGCCGCAGCCACAGCUGCAGCCACAGCCGCUGCCACAGGCCGCGCCUGCCAGCGGGGCCCGCGCUGCUGGUGCAGCCGCCGCCAGGGCCGCUGGUGACACGGGUAUUGCCGGCACCGCAGGCCAUGUUGCGGCGGGAGGUGGUGCUGUGGGCGGCUCCACCGGCCUGAUGUCGGCGGUGGCGCGCGUGCUGGCAGCGGCGGUGAGGGUCGCGCCCACGCUGGCGACUGCCCGUGUCGAGCCUGGCUGGAGCAGUGGCGGCGGCGGUAGCAGUAGCAAUGACAGUGACACGAGCAGCAGCGACGGCAGCGAUGGGGCGGGUGGCUCGGAUCGCGAGGAGGAGUCGGACGGUGAGGCUCCCCAGCCAAUGGACGUUGACGGAGCUGUGGGCGGUGGCGGUGGUGACGGCGGCAGCAGCGACGAAAGCAGCGAAGAAAGCAGUGAGGAAGGCAGUGAAGAAAGCAGCAGCGAUGACGGGAGCGACGGCGACGACGGCGAGAGCGCCGAUGCAGAUGGAGUAUCCGAGGGGCCCGACGGGCUGGAGGGUUUGGAGGGUGGCGUGGGUGGCAGCAGCGAUGGCGACCGGAUGCAGGGUGUGGAUGAAGAAGGGCCGGGGCCCGCCGCAGACGGUGGUGAGGACGCGAAGGCAGGCGCCACCUUUGCGGCUGCAGGGGUCAACAACGGGAUGCCCGAGCCAGGGGCAGCCGCAGAUGCGGCGGUGACGGCGGCGCCGGCGCCGGCAGUUGACGGCAACAAACUGGCACAGAAGCGCGCGCAGGCAGCAGCGGCCAUGCGGCGCAUGCGGGCGCAGCAGCAGCAGCUGGCGGCGGCGGCCCGCACUGCUGCGGGCGCCGGCGCCCUCACGCACGCGCUGCCCCGCGCCAGCUUCAUGGCGGCGUACUACCGGCAGGUGCUGCGGUCAGCGCCGUACCUGCCGCCGUACAGGCACGGCCAGUGGUGUGCUGCCGAGCUGGCGCUCAUGUCGCUCACCCGCCGCACGCUGCCGCCGCUGGGGCGCAGCGCGUCGAAGAUACGGGCCAUGGACAUGUUGGCGCUGAGGGACCGGGCCGCGCUGGAAGCUAUGGACGCCGCCGCCACCGCCGCGCGCCUGGCCUUUCCUCUGGGCCUGCUGCUGCGCGGGCCGCGCCUCACGCCAGUGGACGGCGCACACCUGCGGGAGCACGCGCGCCUCGCCCGCGCCGCGCGGCGGCUUGCCGGCGUGAUCCUGCCCGGGCCCGGGCUGGGCGUGGGCUCCCGCGUCGUUGAGUUUGGCGCUGCGCCUGAGCUUGGCUCCGGGGCUGGUGGUGCCGGGACAGGCAGGGCCGCAGGCGGCACUGCGGAUGCUGAUGUUGGUGGUGGUGCUGGCGGAGGCGGAGGCGAUGGUGGGGCUGCGGUUGGGGCUGGGGCCGGGCCUGGGGCUGCGGUUGGGGCUGGGGCUGGGGCUGGGGCUGGGGCGGUGGAGCGUGAGAUGCUGUUGCCGUACAUUGCGGUGAUGGCGGCAGCAGCGGGCGUGGCACCACCGCCGUCGGCGGCAUUGCUGCUGCAGCUUCCGCAGCUGCCAGCAGGCCUCCAGAUGCCUGGCAGCAUCCCUCCUGCCGGCUCCACAGCCGGCGUCGUCGUGGCCAGCGCCGGCGCCUCUUCAGCAAUGGCCGGCUCUGGCGCCGCGGGCGCCGACUGCGGCUUGGCUGUGCGCGUGGUGGGCGAGGGAGGCGUCGGCGGUGCGGUGCACGUUGACGGCAGGUGGCAGGCGGCGGUGGCGCCGGCGGCGCCGCUGGCAGGCGGGCGCGCGGUCGCCGCUGCCGCCAGCGUCGCCUCUCAGCUCCGACGGCUGCUGCUGGCGGAGCGUGAGGCCCGCGGGUCCGGAGUGGCUGCGGCUGCGGCAGCGGGCGCGUACGGCGGCGGUGGCGAUGGCCACAGCGGCAGAGCGACAGCGGAGGCGUUGCCAGAGGCAGCGGCGGUGGUGUCGCCGGAGGCAGCGGCGGUGGCUGCGGCGAGUGCCUUGGGAGUGGCGCCUCUGCGCAGCGCGCUGGGGGCGCCGGCGCCGAUGUGGGCUGCCUGCCUGCCGGCGGCGGCGCUGUGUCCCGGCCUUCCGCUGCCGGCAGCCUCGACGUCGGCGCCAGUUGAUACGGCCGACGGGCUCUUGGCGGAUAGCAAGCUGCAGCCGCGGAUGCGGCCCGCGGCGCCGGGGCCGCUGCAGGAGGCCCGGGCAGCGGCGGCGUCGGCAGUUGUGGGGCUGCACGACUCGGUGAAAGCGCAACGACGCACCGUGGAGGCGGCGGCCGCCGGCGCCGUGCCGGCGCCUGUAGAGGCGGCGGCGGCGCUGAUGCCGGCGGCGGGGCCGCCGCUGUGCGUUGGCCGCGCUCCGGAGGCGGCGGCGCAGGCGGCGGACCUGGCAUUACUUGCCCUGGCCGGCCCGUGGUGGGGCGGCGCGUCCGGCUGCGAUGGCAGGAGCAGCACUGGCAGUGGCAGCAGCAGGGAUGGCAGCAGCGAUGAUGGCCAGGCGCUGUCGGCGUCGGGGUCGGGUACUGCAGCCUCGGCGGUGGCGGGGCCGUUGGUGCCAGCGGCGGUGGCGGCGGUGAGGCUGCCUGCUGCUCCCUCGCCGCUGAACGCGAGCGGCGGACUGGGCGAGUAUGCGGCGCAUGCGCUGGAGCUGCUGCUGCCGGCAGAAGGUGUUGACUUGUCGCGGCGCCUGCUGGCCAUUCGCCACGGCGUGGCCACCUGCGCGGCCGCAUCCGCCCCCGCCGCCUCGCUGGCAGCGCCCGUCCGCCCGCCGGCGGGCAUGCUGCGCGUGCGUUUCGGAUGCGGCAUGUGCGCGGCCUGCCGCGACGUCGCAGACGGUAGGGCGGGUGUCGGGGGCGCCGGCGGCGGCGGCACGCAGCCCUGCCUGCGGCCCAUCACGGCCCUCGGCGGCGGCGGGAGCGACAAGGUUCACAUUGGCUACCUCCGGCGGCCGCUGUUGGCGUCGUCUGCGGAGAAGCUGUUUGGGAGGGAACGGGCCGCGGCGGCGGCGGUGACGGCGGCGUUGGGCUGGCCGCCGCAGCUCGUUUAUUCGGCGGCUGCAGCGGCGGCGGAAUCAGGAGGACAGGCGCUGUGGGGGACUGCAGGGCCGGAGCCUGAGGGCAACCGUGAGCGGCGGAGGCAGAAGCGUCCGCGCUCGGAGCGUGCGGAGGCGGAGGAGGCAUUGGAGGCGAUGGGACGCGCGGGGGACGCGGCGCUGCUGCGGCCGCUGUGGCGCCGCCGGCCAUCUGCGACACGCAUCUGGGAGGGCAACGCGAACGAGGCGGGAGACGGGCAGGCGCAGCAGGAGGGCGAGCGGCAAGGGCGCGAAACUGCAAUGCCGGGUUCAACGGCCGGGGCCGCCGGCGGCACGUCGGGCAGUACGGGUGCCGUACCGGAGGAGUGUGACUGGGACGACGUGGACGAGCAGUACGACAGCCUGGACGAGAUGCCACUGGAUGUACGGCGCGGCCGCAGCCGCCGCAUCGCUGCCAGGCUGCGGCGGCGGCGGCUGGCGGCGGCGGAGCUGAACGGUUUCCCGACGAACGUCGACGGCGCCGUUACGCUGGCGCCGCCGGAGGCUGAGUUUGCUCGGCGGCGGCUGGCGACGGUGGCGCCGGCGGCGCCGGACGGACUGGUUCUGGACGGCGAGCGGCGUGCUCGGAACGCGAGGUGGCUGACGCCCUAUGCUGACAAGGUGAUGGAGCUGCGGCGGGCGGAGCUGCUGCUGUCGGCGCGCACCGAGGCGCACCGGGCGCUGCUGGGCGCCGGCGCCGCGCGGCCCUGGGUGCUGCGGCGCGAGGCCCAGCCGCCAGGCCGCAGCGGCCUGCCGCUGGCUGGGUUGAUCGACGUCACGAAUGGUCCAAUUGCGGCGGCGCCGGCGGCGGGCCGGCGGCUGCCGCCGGCGGUGGUGCUGGCGGCGGCGGCGGCGGCGGGCGCGGCAGGCCUCACGCACGUGGCGCUCACCGCGCCGCUGUACCCGCCGCGUGCCUCUGACGCCUGCGCCUGGUGCGGCGCGUUGGGCCACACCAACAAGCUCACGUGCCCGCUGCGGACGCUGUGCGCGCCGCCGCUGCAGCUCUUGGCGCCGGCACACAGUGGCCCGGGUCGCAGCGCGGCGCCGCAACAGAGCCCGCGGCGAGGCGGCGCAAGGCCCGGUGACGGCGCAGGGGUGGUACCGCAUGCGCAGGCAGCGGCGGUGGAGAUGGUGGCGGCGGCGAGGUCGCUGCCUGCUCCGCACGUGCUGCUGCCCGUGCCACCGCCGCCACUUCGCCACCCGCUGCCGCACAACCUGCCGCGCGCUUGGCACCAUUACAGCACAGUGCUUGCGGCUGCUGGCCAGUUGCCCUGCGGCGGCGCCGCCGACGCCGCGCAUGACACGACUACAGUAACCAACUCCUCCAUAUGCGGCGACCUCAGCGGCGCCGCCGCCGUUGACGAUGCGCGGGCCCGGCUUGCAGUUGCGCUGAAGGAUGCAGCGGCGGCAGAGACGCAGCUGCUGCCGCCUCCGCCGCCUCCGGGCGGCGAGGGGCCCGCGCUGUGGGAGCCGGAGCCGGACGUUGUGGAAGUUCGGGAUGCGAGUGAGGCGAGGAGGCUGGCGGCAGCGCGGGCGCGCCGGAAGGGCAUCAAGGCUGCGGAGCGCGCGCAGCGGCGGCUGGCGGCGGCGGCGACGCCGGAGCAGCGGCGGCAGGCGGUGUCGGCGGUGCAUUGGGCGGUGGCGGCGCUUGAGAAGGCCAAGGUGCUGCAGCAGCAGGCGGACGCCAAGCUGCAGCGCCGCACCUACGUGCAGCGGCUGCGGCAGCUGCAGCGCGAUGAGGCGGCGGUGCUGGCGGCAGCGGCGCCGCGCGCCUGGGCUGCGCACCACGCAGCAGGCGACGGCAGGCCAGGUGACAGGAAGCGCAAGUCAGGCAUCGACGAGGCCGCGGCGCCGGCCGGCCGCGCCCAGGCGAAGAAACAGAAGCGCCGUGAAGGGCCAGACGACCACGCGGGUGCUGCGCCGCUGGCAGCCGGCCUCGGCGUGGGGCCGGAGGCGGCGGCGGCCGCCGCCAGGACGGCCGCGGCGGCGGUGGCGGCGGCGGCCGCCGCCACCGGCGACGCCGUGAGCGCCUCGCCGCCGCUGCCCACGUGGCUGCCUCGCGUGCCGCGUGCCACCCUGGAUCUCAUGGCCGCGCUGGACGCCGCACACCCCUGGGCCACCGGCUUCCGCCCCGUGCUACGGCUGGCGGGCCUGGACGCCGACGGCGCGUCGGCAGUAGCAGCAGCCGAGGCUGUAGCGGCGGCGGGCGCGGCGCGGCUGCGCAAGUCGGCACCGCCCAGGUCGGUCAUGCGCAACCAGCACGUGAAGCCGGCCGCUGCGGAGGCCGAUGGCGCGGGCGCUGCCGGCGACGCUGAAGUUGCCGCUGUUGGUGCUGUUGGUGCUGCUGUGGGCACGGGCGCGGGUGUGGGCGGGUUUGCCCAGCACCGGGCGAACGACGGCGCCGGGGCUGCUGCUACCGCGCCGCGCGGUGUGGACCAGAGCAACGCCGGGGCUGCUGCCUGUGCUGCAGCUGCUGCGGAUGCUGCUGCGGACACUGCGGGUGCGGCGGACUCUGCGGUGGACGCGGCGAGGGUGGCAGCCACCACCACGGUGGUGACGUCGCAUCGGGACCGGGCGCUGGCGAACGCGGCCGUGGCGGCGGUGGAAGACGCGGGCCGUGCGGCAGCAGCGGCGCGUGCGGCGCUGGCUGCGGCGGGGCUGCUGCCGGCGCAGCCACGGCCCGGAGCACCGUCGCAUCAGGACGAGAGGGGGCCGGGUAUGGGAGCUGCGGGCUCGGCAUCGUGGGUGCUGCAACCCGCACCCGAGCCGCUCGGGUGCGAGAUGCUGUUGGCUCUGGCGCUGUUGACGGAGGCGGCGACGUUGGCCGGGGUGGCCGGAGCCGGGCGCGGGGACCUGCCGUCGAUGCACAGCGGGACAUAAAUACCGUACAGUCUGUGUUGGUGAUCUAAAGUCCAUGCUCGCGCAGUUAGGACGGUACGUGGACGGCGCGGGGGCCGCCCGGCACAAAUAGAGCGAGGCAGUGCGCGCAACCCAGGUCGGAAAUACGGUAAUGAGCAACCGAGCGAACCCGCCAUGUCAGCAGGUCCCUCUUGUAACCAAUGCAAUCU